GGACUGCCGGGCGGCCGGGGGCUCGGAGCCCGGUCGGAGCCCGCGGGGGGCGGGGAGUGUGGCGAGAAAUGGGGAACAAUGCGAGUGAGCAACUUGAGGAAGUCAUUGUGAAAGAAAGCUGGGAAUUGCUCCGCGGCCAACUUAGCAGGGCACUCUAACAAGUGCCUGCGCGGCCGCGCCCGGGCGGGCGACAGCGGCAGCCCGGCUCAGUGCAGCCCAUCCCGGGACUCUCGGCCGCAGCAGGCGGAGACCGGGUAGGUCCCGCGGGGUGCAGGAGCCCCCAGAUCCCCGGCUGCUCUUCGCGCCCCAGGAUCAUUCUUGGCCCCCAAAGCGCGGCGCACAAAUCCACAUAACCUGAAGACAAUGGAUGUUGAUGAGGGUCAAGACAUGUCCCAAGUUUCAGGAAAGGAGAGCCCCCCAGUCAGUGACACUCCAGAUGAAGGGGAUGAGCCCAUGCCUGUCCCCGAGGACCUGUCCACCACCUCUGGAGCACAGCAGAACUCCAAGAGUGAGCGAGGCAUGGCCAGUAAUGUUAAAGUAGAGGCUCAGAGUGAUGAAGAGAAUGGGCGUGCCUGUGAAAUGAAUGGGGAAGAAUGUGCAGAGGAUUUACGAAUGCUUGAUGCCUCGGGAGAGAAAAUGAAUGGCUCCCACAGGGACCAAGGCAGCUCGGCUCUGUCAGGAGUUGGAGGCAUUCGACUUCCUAACGGAAAACUAAAGUGUGAUAUCUGUGGGAUCGUUUGCAUCGGGCCCAAUGUGCUCAUGGUUCACAAAAGAAGUCAUACUGGUGAACGGCCUUUCCAGUGCAACCAGUGCGGGGCCUCCUUUACCCAGAAAGGCAACCUCCUGCGGCACAUCAAGCUGCACUCGGGCGAGAAGCCCUUCAAAUGCCAUCUCUGCAACUAUGCCUGCCGCCGGAGGGAUGCCCUCACCGGCCACCUGAGGACGCACUCCGUUGGUAAGCCUCACAAAUGUGGAUAUUGUGGCCGGAGCUAUAAACAGCGAAGCUCUUUAGAGGAGCAUAAAGAGCGAUGCCACAACUACUUGGAAAGCAUGGGUGUUCCGGGCAUGUACCCAGUCAUUAAGGAAGAAACUAACCACAGCGAGAUGGCAGAAGACCUGUGCAAGAUAGGAGCAGAGAGGUCCCUCGUUCUGGACAGGCUGGCAAGCAACGUCGCCAAACGUAAGAGCUCUAUGCCUCAGAAAUUUCUUGGAGACAAGUGCCUGUCAGACAUGUCCUAUGACAGUGCCAGCUAUGAGAAGGAGGAUAUGAUGACAUCCCACGUGAUGGAUCAGGCCAUCAACAAUGCCAUCAACUACCUUGGGGCUGAGUCCCUGCGCCCAUUGGUGCAGACACCCCCCGGUAGCUCCGAGGUGGUGCCGGUCAUCAGUUCCAUGUACCAGCUGCACAAGCCCCCCUCAGACGGCCCCCCACGGUCCAACCAUUCAGCACAGGACAGCGCCGUGGAGAACUUGCUGCUGUUGUCCAAGGCCAAGUCUGUGUCAUCAGAGCGGGAGGCCUCCCCGAGCAACAGCUGCCAAGACUCCACGGAUACAGAGAGCAACGCCGAGGAACAGCGUAGCGGCCUCAUCUACCUAACCAACCACAUCACCCCGCAUGCGCGCAACGGGCUGGCUCUCAAGGAGGAGCAGCGUGCCUACGAGGUGCUGAGGGCAGCCUCAGAGAACUCGCAGGACGCCUUCCGUGUGGUCAGCACGAGUGGCGAGCAGCUGAAGGUGUACAAGUGCGAACACUGCCGUGUGCUCUUCCUGGAUCACGUCAUGUAUACAAUCCACAUGGGCUGCCAUGGCUUCCGGGAUCCCUUUGAGUGUAACAUGUGUGGUUACCACAGCCAGGACAGGUACGAGUUCUCAUCCCAUAUCACAAGGGGAGAGCAUCGCUACCACCUGAGCUAAGCCCAGCCAGGCCCCAGUGAAGCACAGAUAGCUGGGUAUGCCUCCUUCCCAGCAGCUGGACCCAUGGCGGGCAAUGUUGGGAGUGGAUUUGCAGGCAGCAUUUGUUCUUUUAUGUUGGUUGUUUGGCGUUUGAUUUGGGUUUGGAAGACAAGUUUUUAAUGUUAGCUACAGGAUUGCAUUGGAUCAGGAACAUUCAGAGCAUCCAUUCUUCUAGCUGGUUUUGUUGACUGAUACCUGAGAUUUCCCUGAUAUGUGGCUUUCUAAAACUCUCCCCACCCUCUCCACCCCCAGAACAAAGCCUGACUCCUCAGAGAAAUGAAUAAAACAAUUAUCCAAGUAGGAGUAAGGUGGCUCUUGAUCUAAGCAGAGUUUAUACCAUAAAGAUUCUCCAAAUCCUCCUAAACAGCACAGCCACUGGGGUUGAGCCAUCUCAGGGAGCUCUGCAGGUGAGCCAGAGGACCAAAUAUAGGGCAUCUGGGAGGAGCAGGGACAUCAGCCAGUGCAGAGACCAUGGCCAAAGGUCGAACUUUGAGAGACUAUGACGUCAUAUGUUGCAUGGCAGUAUGGUGUCUGGACAAGUUGUGCAAGGUUCUGAAAGGAAGGGCUUGGAGAGCCUUGCAGACUUUUCUUCAUUUGCCUGAUCAGUCCAGCCUCCUGAGGGUCUGUUGCCCAGUAAGAUGAGCUCAGUGCUCUUGUGAUCAUUUUUCUCUUAUCAUUUCAAUGCCAUUAAUGGCCCCAAAGCUCAUCACUGCAUUUUAGAACCCAAUCCUGAAAUUGAGACCUUAUUUUAAAGUUCUGAUACUGUAAAACUUCUUGGAAGUCAAAGCCUUCUUCCAAGCCCCAUCCUCAGUUAUCUUGGUUCCUGUUCUUCCAUGGGCUGAUAGUACCAGGACCUGUCAUUCCACAAAAGCACAACCCAUCCGUCACUUCAAUUGAAUCUCUGUUCUGGUUAUAGAUAUGGACUUGGCUAUCUUGAUAAAUGUCUUUCCCUAUUCUCGAUGUAUGUUAUUUUGUCUGAAAACCUAAAACCAUUAUUAAGAAUAACCAUUUUUAGAUGGAAGAAAUAUAUGAGCCCAGCAUCUCAGUGGCUAAAACACAAAAUAUCCAUGCUUUUAAACAAAAUGUUUAAAUAUUCCGAAGUUCUCUAGUAUAAACACCAAGUAGCAUGUGUUUUCACAUAAAUAGGACACAGGGCCAUACAACCUUUAUCAAGUAGAGGCAUUAGAAUGCUAUAAUGCUUGGAGACACAGCGUGACUAGUUUAGGUCCCCAGAGAGGAAUGCCUACCAUGUAUCUCAGAGAGGCAGAGGUGAGAUCUGGUAUAGCCAGACCAAGACAGGGUUGUCACGCUGAAGCCAGGUCAGUUAGCUCGAGAUUUUCCACAGGAAGGCCUCUCGUAAGAAUCAGUAUUAGGGUUGUUACCCUCCACCACCUCAACAAAACAAAAAGCUUAUAAUUGUAAAUGUUUACAGCACUGUCUUCACAGAAACUUUCCGAGGUGAUUCCAAAGAACUGGAGGGGAGAUUGUCUAUAACAGCUCUUGAGCUAAAAAUGGGGUUCUUAGUCUCAGCUCUUCUGACAUAUAGGGCUUGAUCAUGGCUGGUGGGGACUGUUCUGUGAAUUGCUUAGUACUACCCCAGUAGAUGCCAAGAACAUUCUAGCUGAUACCCAAAACUGUCUUUCCCAGGUGUUCCAUGGGAGCAAACCACUGAUCUAAACUCUAAACCACUGGAAAGUAUGGCAUUUUUCUAAGAAUAAAAAGCACUUCAAGUCUUUCCCAGUCAGCAGCUUCAAGUUGUACUUGUGUCUUUGCAAUGUUGAUAAAUUCUAUAGAUCAGCAUUCGCAAACACACUUCAAAUACUGAGUUCAAGUGCAGGGACAGCUUCACUCUUAAGUGUGUGUUUCUUUGUUUCUUAAACAGUGUAGCAUUUUCAAAGUGAAAGUAAAAUUACAAAUAUAAGGAUUUACACUGAGAGGAGAAUUUGAGGAGCUAUAGCUGUGAAGAUCUUUUGCUCAAUAUGAAAUUACAGAUCUUACUGGCCUUACCCAAAUUCAUAUAUUCCAGGUGACAACCUUCCAAGCCUACAGUUUGCUGGAAGCUUUUGCUCACUCUUUUCCUUAGCCAUGAGAGCCAUUAAGUAUGAUCCAAGGAAGAUGGCUCCACCCCCACCCCACCCCACCCCUGCCACUGGAGGAAUUGUAAAUAGUGGCUUCAGGAGUUCUUUUUUAGAAUGCUUUGCCCCUUCUUCUCGCUGCCUUUUUUAGUCAAUAUAAAUGUCUAUUUGCACACCUUUUGUUGUGGUUUUAUAUUGUAACAGCAUUUUUUGAAACUAUUGUAUUUAAGAUAAGGUUUCAUAUUAUGUCCACAAGUAAUUAAAUUAUGUUUGAAGGUGGCUAUAUUCUGUAUCAAAAGUUGAUGAUGUUUUUCUUUAGUUGGUAAAGUAGGGUUUUGCAUGAUCUCACUUUUUGUUCUGUGGUUUGUUCUGUUAUAUGAUGUGUGUCUUGAGUACUGCUGUGUGAUAAUCGUGCUGAACCUGCCCUCAAGUUGUGUUUUAAGUAGCUAUCAGAGAGGCAAGAGAUAGUUCCUAAGAGCAGGCUGGCCUGUUGGUGACAGCUGGCAGUCACCACUUCUCAUUCCUUCUCCCCCAUUACCCCGGCUUCCUGUCCCAGGUCCCUUCUGUAAUUCGUGCCUCAGUGUGCGUGUGCAUCUGUCCUGGUGAGUCAGGAGCAUCGCUAUGUUACCAUUACAUUAUCGCCAAGAGCAUGGCCUAGCACCAGUUGCUUCAGAUACCAACAUGCUCUGUUUCCAGUUUACAUACAACCACAUAAUAAAACGUUGGAGUCUUCAGGAAGAAACAGGGGUGCUUGUUAUAAAGAUGAGGCUUAGCCUUUGUCACAUUUUAUGCUCUUUUCUUUUGUUUGGUUUUGACUGAAUUGUAACAUCAUCUUGACAAAAAAAAAUUGAAUUGAUUUUAUGCAGACAUAUCAUGACGUACCAUCUAUUUCGCCAUCAGUUAUAGCAAUAAGAUUGGAUAAGCUCUAAAAUCCAGAUCUCCCACAUUGAACAUCCAUGUUCUUUCUAUGGUUCUUUUUUAUGGUGAGCCACAACUAGACUUGAGACGUAGAGCCAUUCAGGAAGCUCAUGUGCAUCUCGUGCUACGGCACUCACUGUGAAUAAGUGUGACCAGAUAUUAACAUGCUAUAUUGUUUCCAGUCCUUUCUAAUACACUUUUUUACGA